UCAACUUUGGUUUUCAUGACAAUGGAAUUUUUCCUCCCCAGGAUGGAAAGGAAGAACCUCUUCCUAAGCCUACUGCUCUGCUACAGUUUGUUCAGAGCUGCCGAUCAUCACAUGGUAAUUGAAGAGAAGACAGAAUGCAGCCUGUCAAGGAACAACAAAAUGAAUUUCUCAGAACUCCCACCCAUCUCCAUAACAGAUUUAACUAAAAGAUCCCAGAAAGUCAAAGAGAUCAGGAAAUCUUCCAAGAAAAGAGCUGGACCAAAGACAUCUCUGCAACCAAGGCCCACACCAGCUGCUGACUGCGUGCCGAACUUCAAAACCUGCAAACCACACUUGAAUUCGUGUUGUAACUACUGUGCUUUUUGCAAAUGCCGAAUUUUUCAUACAAUCUGCAAAUGUCUAAUGUUAAACCCAAAGUGCUAA